AUGGAGGAACUAGCUCGGAAGUAUGACGACAAGUACAAGGCGGCUCAGCUGUCGGCUGGGAAGCUGGCAGCAGAGGAGCGAGCACUGCAGCAGAUGCAGGAGAAGGCUCACAUCAUCAUGAACGCAACGUCAAGGCUGGACCGAGGAGGCGACCCCAACCAGCUGCUGCAGGACAAGGCAGACCGCCUGGCUCUGGAGGUGGAGGAGAUGCGCAAGGCAGUGUUCGCGCAUGCCACUGCCAUUGGGCUCAAAGUUCGGCCCCUUGUGGGAUCUGAAACUCCCUUUGGCUGGCAGGCGAAUCUUCAGGAGAAAGCAACAGACUGGGACGACGAGUGGGACGACGUGCAGUUUGAAGGGUUGGUGGUGGUGCGGGAUAUUGGAGACACUCCCCUGGCUGUAAACGAAGACCCGUUUCCCAGGCCGAAAUCCAAGGAGCAGGAGGAGAAGGGCGGGGCUGCGGCGUCAGCAGCGGCUGAAACUGGCAAGGGAGAAGGGGAGGAGGAGGGUGGGGGAGAGGGAGAGGUGGAGGAUGGGAAGAGGGGAGAGGGGAUGGCAGCAGACGGGGUUGAUGGUGCUGCGAAUACGGGAGGGGGAGGCCCAGGAGAUGCCAAGGAGAACGAGGAGAAGGAGCAGCAUGAGAAGGAGAAGGAGGAGGAGAAGAAGAGGAAGAAGAAGGAAAAGAGCAUGGGUUCGGCCCCUUCGGGUCCAUCUGACUUCUUCUCUCCGGAGGAGGAUGAGGAUGCGGAUUCGAAUGAGGCUAUGAUUGGCGUGCAGAGGCACGGGGAGGGGGAUGAGGACGAGGAGGAGGAGGAGGAGGAGGUGGAGGAAAUUGAGAUGGAUUCGACUCCUGUACUGCAGAUUACAGCAGGAGGCGAGGGAGAGGGAGAGGGCCGGGGGAGCAAGGACGGGAUGAUGGAGGGGGUGGUUGCAGGAGGAGCAGAAGGGGCAGGAGCGGAGAAAACCCAGGAAGCAGAAGCAGGAGCCGGAGGGAAGGAAGGAGAGAGAGAGAGGGGCAGGAGAUCGAUGGGGAGACGCCAGCAGUGCAAGAGGAGAGUGCAGCAUCGGCCUCUCCUGGUGAUUCCAAGGAGAUUCUUGGCUUCCCCUUCCAAGGCUGUCUCUGCUGCAGCAUCCACCAGCAGUAGAGCGUCAACUACUGCUUCUCCCUUCAACCCCGCUUCGGUGGCCAAGAGCCUGGCUGCUGCUAAUGCUGCUGCUGCAGCAAGCGCUGCUUCUGGAACGCCUGAUUCCACCCCUGCUGGUGUUGCUGCUGGUGGCGCUGCUGCUGCCUCGUCAGCAGGGAAGUCCCCACCCUCGGCCACGUCUGUCCGCCGAACCUUAGAUCUAGGUUCGGUGGAUUCCCCACAGCAAGACAGCACGGCGAGUGGAGCGAGCAGCGCAGGAGGCUUGGGUUUUGGUUCGGUGAUGACGGCUGGUCCGGGAGGGAGGUACGGAGAAGGAGCAGGGGCAGGGGCAGGGGCAGGAGCAGGAGCAGGAGCGGGGGCAGUAGCAGGAGGAGGAAGGGAUGGGUAUGGAGAGGGAGAGGAGGUGUCACGGCCCUACACUGCCCAUGGGCUUGUGUCAGCAGAUAUGGUUGAGAGCGAUUCGGAGAGUGACAGUGGAAGAAAGGGCUAUGGAUCUCGGGGGAGGGAAAGGGACGAGGAGGAGGACGAACAAGAAGCAGAUUCGAGUGACACUGCUGCACCGGCUGCUGGCAUCCCAGCAGCAGCAACAGCUGCUGCUGCCGCCGCCGCUGCCGCUGCUGCCGCUGCUCCCGCUGCCGCCUUCGGCCUAUCUCCCAGUGCGGACAGUGACGGUGGUGCUGCAGUAACAGAGACCAAAUCCGGGUCCUUCGCCUUUGAUUUCUCAGCAGAGCCGGAGGACCCGUUCGGCUCUUCUGCAGCAGCAGGAGCAGAAGACCCUUCGGACUCCGCGUCUCCCUUCCCCACCUCGUUUAGCACUGAGGGGCGACGGAGGAGUGGAAACGACGAGGCUCAAUCGCCCCUUACGCACGCCGCUGCGGGACAGGAGGAUAGUCCCGUCCACUCCGGACAGCAGCAGCAGCAGCUGGGGGGUGCUGCAGGCACGUUUGAGUCCUCGCCGUUUCACGCCAAGCCGGUUGAUGCCACACCAUUUGAUGAUGCCUCUCAGUUUGACCAGGGUUUCAACCCAGAAGCUGCCCGAGACCCGAGUUUCGGCCGCGAUUCGAGCUUUGGCCGCAACCCGAGCUUCUCCAGGGAUUCAAGCUUCAAGGGGUACAGGGGGAGCAUAUUCGAUUCUGCGACUGGUGCUGCGAGCUUCAAGGGUGGUUUUGACGCGAGUGCGUUCGAUUCUGCCACUGGCACUGCGAGUUUCAAGGGGGGUUUCGAUGCGAGUGCGUUCGACCAGCAUUACGGGGGAGUGGGGGCGUUUGACCAGAACUAUGGUGCGGGCGGUGCUGCUCUCGACACCUCCUCUUCCUUCCGCUCCUCCGUGGAUUCCCCAUCCGGCCCUCAAGCUCGGUCUGGCGAGUUCCAUCCCGGCCAGUUCCAAUCCUUUGCCAGUGGCUUCGACGACCAUUUCGACUCGAAUCCCUACGGUGCAAGUGCGGGGACUAUGGCAGGAGGAAGAGGAGGAAGGGGAGAGGAAGAGGAGGCUGGAAAUGCAGCAGCCGAGCGCAUUCACCACGGCGAUGCCCUUUCUCGAGCCAUCAUUGAUGGGUUUCUUGAUGACCCCACACUCAUCGAUUUCAGUUUUCCCGACCAAAUAUGUGGCACAUGGCACCACAACUACACUCGCAUGCACCAGCAAAUCCGGGCAGCCAGCAAAAAUCCUUCCUCUGCCCCGCUGCCCGACACGCCGCCCGUGAAAUUUCUCACCUUUGACGGCCUCAGCCACUGCGACAGCCUCGGGGAGACCCUCAUGGGGCUGACGUCAGCGUUCACUGUAGCUAUCCUCACUAACAGAGCCUUCGUUAUAAAGCACCCGUGCAUCCCCGUGGCGUUUGAACCUGCGCUGAUCGACUGGCAGCCAACAGAAGACGUAGGAUUCGAGCCGGUCAGGAAUGAAACUUUUCCAUUGGACCCUCCUGACCGGGCAGUCAAGCCUCCAAUAGGAGCAAGCGACAUUGUGGAAAUUAAUUUGGAAUUACAUCCCGAGGCGCACCCGGAAAAGGUGUUUCCGCAGGUGGAAGCUGCGCGGAACUUGCGUGUGGUGUGGCAUAAAGACCUGCUGGUGCAUAUGCUGAAGGGGGCGAAUGGGUCGGUGUGGGGGGAGAGACUCAUGGGCAUGGGUAUCAGGAUCCCGUACGCGUUCGGCUGCUUUGUGCGAUACCUGCUGAGGCCCAAGCCGGAGGUGUGGCACAGGAUGCAGCCGUUUGAGAAGCAGCUGAGGGGGGACAAGGUGGUGAGCAUCGGCCUGCACGUGAGGCACUUCGGCCGCGGAUCCCUCCCGCCCAACACCACCAUCAGCUCGGACGAUUUGAGGAGAGCCGUGAACGACAUUAUGAUGCCUGCCAUCAAGUGCGCAAAGGAUGUGGAAAACUGGUGGUACCCGCCAUUCCUGAAUGUGAAGUGGCUCGUUAUUAGUGAUUCACUGCAACUCAAACAGAAGGCCAUCGAAGUGAACGAGUCAAAG